UGCUGGUCAGAGGACGUUACAGCUCUGCUCUGUGUGCAGCAGCCCAGUUGAAGAUGGCGACUGGAGUCCUUCAGAGAGUGAGCGGAGGUUUGGGUCGGGCUAAGAGCAGGGCCCACACGGCCGGACAGCUCGUCGUUUGGAGCAGGGGGUUUGCAACAUCAGGCAGCAGAGACAGACAGGACAGCUGGUUCAAGUCACUGUUUGUGAGGAAAGUUGAUCCCAGGAAAGAUGCACACUCAAACCUGCUGACCAAAAAUGAGGAGAGUAAUCUCUACAAAAUUCAGUUCCAUAAUGUGAAGCCGGAGUGCCUGGACUCAUACAACAAACUCUGUGAGGAUGUUUUGCCCUCCAUCCAUGCCGAUAAGUACUACCCCUGUGAGCUGGUGGGCACCUGGAAUACCUGGUAUGGAGAACAAGACCAGGCUGUUCAUCUGUGGCGUUACAGAGGUGGAUACCCAGCUCUGACAGAGGUGAUGAACAAGCUCAGGCAGAACAAGGAGUUCACAGAUUACAGGAAGGAGCGAGGUAAGAUGCUGUUGUCUCGCAGGAACCAGCUUCUGCUGGAGUUCAGCUUCUGGAACGAGCCAGUGCCCAGAGAGGGACCCAACAUCUAUGAACUCAGGUCCUACCAGCUCAGGCCAGGAACCAUGAUCGAGUGGGGUAAUUACUGGGCCAGGGCCAUUGGAUAUCGCCAGCACAACAGAGAAGCUGUGGGAGGGUUUUUCUCACAGAUCGGCAAUCUCUACAUGGUUCAUCACCUCUGGGCUUACAAAGACCUUCAGUCCAGAGAAGACACACGGAACGGCGCCUGGCAGCAGGAGGGCUGGGACGAGGUGGUGUAUUAUACAGUUCCUCUUAUUCAGCAUAUGGAUUCCAGGAUCAUGAUCCCAACAAAGGCUUCCCCGCUGCAGUGAAACAAGAAAACCACCCAGAAGCUGAAAACCUUUCGAAUGUUACAUCCAUCCAGAGCAUCACUAUCAUGGUUUCAACCUCCUGUCAGUGCUGCCAAACCACAUCCUAUCUCUGUUACUGUCUUUGUAUUAUUAUUAUUAUCAUUUCAAAAUGUCACUAGAACACUCCAUUUUCUUUUUUUUCUGGAGCAGGAUGAGUAAAUUUGGCUAAUUGAAACCUCCUGAUGCUUCAUUAUGUCCAACGUCCCGUGCCACAUUAAAACUGGUCCAUGAAGAGAGCUCGUCUCCAGGUUUAGAACCAAAGUUACUUGAAAAGAAGCAGCUGUAUGAUGUGUACGUGUGAGGACAGACAGGACAACAAUACUGCUGAAGCUCAUUGCACAAUGCAGGGGCUAUUUAUUUAUUUUAAUGUAAAUUUGGAGUACGUGUUAUCUGUUUUAGGUGUGCUGAGAAAUGUAAGCCUCACCAUUGCUGAGUGAAGGGAGAAAGCCUCUGUUUAUUCAUGGGAACACAGCGCUAACUCUUGAUGAAAACCUCACAAUUUUAUAAUUGAGCUCUGUUAUAAACCUUAUAUCAUUUUUUUCUGCAAACUCCUCCUUUCAGUUGCUUUUUGUGGAUGUUUAGGUUUCCCUGUCAUGGUAAUGUUGAUGUUUCAUGGUGCUGUGUUUGUAACUUUGGCUUCUACUUUUUCUCUUGUGAAGACAGCAUGCCUGGUUUUAAAAACAGUUUUUAUCGAUCAUGUUUUAAUGGGGCAUAAUGAUCCUGUACGAAAACGUGUUAUCUUAUCAGUGAAUGAGUGAAUCUGGCACUCAGAGGGCAGUCAUGCUGCUACAUAUUGUAAUAUCAGAUUUUAUCGUUAAAGGAAGCAUGUUUAUCUUGUCUUUUUGUUCAUCAGUUCAUAGAGAACAGCAUAGAGGGAAGGACAAGAACACCAACACAGAUUAAAGUAGUUGAAACAGC